AUGAGCGAUGACGCUGCCUUGAAGACCAUCAUAUCUGCAGUCCUCCAGCUUGGAGAUGAUGAACUGAGAGACAAGAUCAUCGUCGAUACAACGACCGUCCAUCCUGACAGUACGAAACAGGUAGCUGAGGAGUUGGCGUUAAGGUCUUGUUUGUUCCUGGCUGGACCCGUAUUCGGCCCAACACCCACAGCUGUAGAAGGCAAAUUACUCAUGCCUCUCGCGGGACCGAAGAAAGCCAUCGACCUUCUCGUCCCAUUCUUCAAGAACACCAUAGUCUGUGACGUGAUUGUUGUGUCUGAACGCCCGGAGAAAGCCGUCUUGAUGAAGACACUAGGAACUUCAUCGUAG